AUGCCAUCCGACCAAAGCACUUGGUUGAUCGCAGUACCGCAGGACGGCGAUUCCGAGAGCCUCCUACCAGAAAUCACAAACAAGCUACCUCAACAUACCAGACUAGCAGAACUUGGCAUUCCCUCAUUCAAGACAGGGACAUUAGACUCCCUGAUCGCCCUGUCAGAGGAGCUGCCAAAACAGGACGCGUUCUUUACGGCGACAGUCGCAAAGAUUGUAGAUACCCUCCGCAACUUGCUGAAUAACGACCCGACCAAGCUUGUCCAGCAUGUCCUUGUGAAUGAGCUCAGCGCCGAUGACUACGUACUUGGAGGUUGGAAAUGGAACGAUAGUCGAUAUGGAGUACAACGAAGUCUGCGAGAAAUGGUUGAUGUCCUGAACAAGGAAAUGGCGUCCAUAGACAAUGUGAUGAAGGCCAAACUCAACAACUACAACCUCGUAAAGGGCUCCCUCGUUCAGAUGCAGCGUAAGAAAACUGGAAACCUCUCUGUACGAUCCCUCGUCGGCUUAGUAUCCAAAGACGACAUCAUACAGGACUCCGAAUACCUGGAAACAUGCCUAGUUGCCGUACCAAAAAUCCUCGUAAAGGAAUGGAACUUAAAGUAUGAGCGACUGACUAACAUGGUCGUCCCCCGUUCAUCAUCGUAUGUACCAUCCACCCCUCUACGCAAAGGCUUAUAUACCCCUAAAAGACCCAUAGCAUCAGAUAGCGAAUACACCCUCUUCGGUGUAGUCAUCUUCAAACGCGUACACGACGAGUUUAUCCAGAAGUGUCGUGAAAACAAGUUCAUCGUUCGCGACUUUAUCUAUUCAGAAGAGCAAAUAGCCAAAGAAGGAGAAGAUCUAGAUGUAGCGGACACAACAGAGAAAGAGCUUUGGACCGAACUUUUAAGACUAUCUCGAACGUAUUUCUCCGAGUCUUUCCAGAUCUUCUUGCAUUUGAAGAUUCUCCGUCUGUUUGUCGAAAGCGUGCUUCGGUACGGUCUACCCGCGAAUUACGUUGGCCUUGCUAUCAGGCCCGAGUCAAAGUACACCAAGAAGACCCUCUCAGUACUCACGAACCACCUCAGCUACCUCAGACCCCGCUCCUCGAGCCGUGCCCAGACACACAGCACAGCCGACGAGUUUGCAGGGGAGUACCAGUCCUUGAUGGAACAAGAAUUCUUUGAUUUCGUCUUGUAUGAGGUACCAUGGAUCGUACUCUAG